AUGUCUCCCUCUGCCUCCGUCGUUGUUUCGCGUGCUUAUUCAUCUCCUACCACCAUGAAACAGAACCCCUUGAAGCGCAAACGCAACGACGAGCAUGAACAAACCAAGCCACGUCCACCUUCCUGGGAGGCUCUAUGCGUUCUUGGCCCUUACAUGGACCCGGAGACACUCGCCGUCGCCUCUUGCGUCUCAACAACGUGGUUAGAAUGUUUCUCCUCUGACGAUCUAUGGAAGGCUCUCUUAACCUCGCGGUCCUCACAACGCUCUUCUCCUUAUGAGAUCGUACUGAACAACAACACGGACAACAUCUCGUGCAAACACCUUGUCUCCGCCGUUGAAACCGACGCCAAACGCCGCCGCAUAGAUCAAGUCGCUGAACCCGUCAAGAUAUCCCUCACUGAUCUCAGCUUCAUCGUCCACGCAUCCACCAAGACAAAGAAAGCAUCGGUUUACAAAAAAGGUCAAGAUCUUGAGUUUGGUCCUAACGACAAGUUCCAGAUUCAAGUCGACGUAAGCAACGCAGCUAUCACUGCCGGUGAGGACGACGUAAGGAUGACGUGGCAAGUCAUGUACAAAGGAAAGUUCUUCACGCUAGCGGAUACUACAAGAUCGUUGGACACAAAGCAUGGGUGGUUCACCGAUGAACUUGAGGACAAGUGUAACCGGAAGCUAGUUGGUGACGUGAAGCCAAGUUUUAACGGUGAAGAUGUUCUUGAGAAAAUUGGGUUUUCGAUAGUAGACUCUGACGGCUGGGGAUCUCUGUUACUUGACGGGUUCUUGAGAUAUCUUCAGAGGUUUUUGUUGGAAUAG